AUGUACGGCCAGCCUCCGCACUCGCGUCACCUUCAUGCUGGACAACAACACCAGCAACCGUUCGACCCUAAUGGCGCCCUGCCCAUCGAUCCGCAGUCGCAGGCUGCCAUGGGCACGCCAGACUUCACUGCCUUCCCCUUUGCUUUCCAGCAACCGGGCCUGCACGACCCCAACGCCAUGAUAGUGGUCCAGGGCCAGCCCGCGACUGUGUCCCCCGCUGCCUAUGCUCCAGACGGGAUGCGGCAUCCCCAGCAACAACACAUGGCAACCACGCCGACAGCGCCCAUCGAGCCAUCCGCGGUGGUCGACGGCAUCUCACGGAGCAGCAUGGACGGCGGCAGAGUAGUCACGAAAAAGGCCGGCAUAACGACGCCGACAGCGGUCGAGGCGAAGCAGGAGCGGACAACUCCCAAUGCCGAUCCACUCGACGACAAGGCCUCAGACCACUUUGAACCGUCCAACAUAAACAGAGCUGAUGGGACAGACUUAGGGGGCAGAGCAAAAGGAAGCACCAAGACGGGCGACGCACAGCCAGCCUGGACAGAACUCAAAACAAAGGCAGGCAAAGAGCGGAAAAGGUUGCCGUUGGCUUGCAUUGCCUGUCGGCGCAAGAAGAUCCGAUGCUCUGGCGAGAAGCCCGCGUGCAAGCACUGUUUGCGAUCGCGUGUACCGUGCGUCUACAAGGUCACGACGCGCAAAGCAGCGCCCAGGACCGACUACAUGGCCAUGCUGGACAAACGCUUGAAACGGAUGGAGGAACGAAUCAUCAAAGUGGUGCCGAAAUCAGACCAGGACUCGACCACAAUCUCAUCGGUGACUCGAGCCGUUGUGCGGCCAGGGAUACCCGGCACAGAAAACACAAACGGCAAAACCUCUGCGAAGAAAAGGGGUGCAGAGGAGGCCUUCGGCCCAAGCCUGGAGGCAUGGGCCACCAGGCACAGCAGCGGGGAAGAGGGGGCAGCAGCACUGCCAUGCGCGUUUGAGGACGACGAGAAUCAUCUUUUCCAGGAAGGAAGUGAUGCUUUACCAUCGAAAGAACUGCAAGAGCAUCUUGCAGAGGUUUAUUUUGACAAUGUAUAUGGCCAGUCAUACCCAUUGUUACACAAGCCCAGCUAUAUGCGCAAGCUCAAGAGCAACAGCCUACCCCCCGUGCUGAUCCUCGCGGUUUGCGCCGUUGCCGCCCGGUUCUCCUCCAGCCCGAAGCUCAACUCUCCCACCAGGCAAUUUCUGCGGGGUGAGGAGUGGGCUGCGCCAGCACGCGAUAUCUGCACAAGACGCUAUGAGUCGCCCGACAUCACAUUACUCACCUGCCUCCUCAUUUUGGGCCUCCACGAAAUGGGCACUUGCCAGGGUGGGAGGAGUUGGGCUUUGGGUGGCCAAGCGAUUCGAAUGGCAUUUGCACUCCAGCUACACAAGGAUCUCGAAUACGAUCCAACGGCUCGUAAAAACAGUGUCAAACUGAGCUUCGUUGAUCGAGAGAUCCGAAGGCGCAUCAUGUGGUCGUGCUUUAUCAUGGAUCGCUUCAACUCGUCUGGCUCGGAGCGACCCAUGUUCAUCAAAGAGGACGAUAUUCUCAUCCCCUUGCCAGUCAAGGAGAGGCACUUUUUGCUCGACAUGCCUGCCGUGACAGAGACACUCAAUGGUCACGUGCUGUCUACCACGCCAUCUCGAGAGGAUGCUGGAGGUGAUGCGAGCGAGAACCUGGGCGUUGCUGCAUUCAUGAUACGAGCGAUUGCACUCUGGGGUCGAAUCGUGGUGCAUAUGAACCAAGGUGGAAAGAAACUUGAUCCACAGCCCUUAUGGAGUCCAGCUUCCCAGUUUGCGAGGCUGAGUCGCGAAGCUGAUGAGUUCCCUCAUUCUCUCCCUGAGUCGUUGCGAUACUCAACCCACAACGUUGCUCUCCACCAGAACCAUCAGACGACCAACAUGUUUUUAUUCCUCCAUGUUAUCUGCCAACAGAACAUCCUCUUCCUCAGCCGAUCGGCCAUUCAGCCUGCACCAAAUCGACCGGAACACUUCGUCGUUGCCUCCCGUUCAAAAGCUCUCGCAGCCGCUACGCAAAUAUCCGAGAUUCUGAAGACGAGCGAGGAAGCUAGAGUGGCGGUCAUGGCGCCGUUCGCGACUUACUGUGCCUUCUCGUCGACAACAGUGCACAUACGGGGCAUUGCCUCGGGCAACCCCGCAGUGAAGGCGACUGCCGAGGCGAACGCAACGACGAAUAUCCGCUUCAUGCGCAAGAUGAUGAAGCACUGGGGGAUGUUUCACUGGAUGGAGGAGGACAUCCGGAUGCAGUACCGCGUCGUGCUCGACAAGGCCAAACAAGGGGCGACGAUGGAUGAAUUGACAGAGUCGGCUCCGAUGCUACAAUAUGGCGACUGGUUCAACAGGUACCCGCACGGCGUGUCGGAUGCCGAUUACGUGGACCCAGCUGCCAAGAGAAAGAAAGAGAAGGGAGCGGAUGGCGUACUCGAGCAAAAGCCUGAGCUGCAGUCUGUCGAGGAAUUCUUCACUCAGCUAUCGUCGCCCAAAACAGCGGAGAAGCCAAGCGAGAACCAGCCAAGCAAGGGAGCCAAACGCAAGGCCUCCAAGAAGAGCAUGGCUGCCAUCAAGACAGCACCGCCUCCGUCGCUCCACGGGGAAGCCCCCCUUUCGAGCCAAAGCGCGCCACCUGCUCCUGACCAGCGAACAACUCCUCACGCGCAGCACCACCCGCCGCCGUUGCCAUCGCAGCAGCACCAGCGACAGCAGCAACGGCGACCAUCCGCAUCUGUGGUGGGAAAGGGAAACAGCCCACACAUGUUCCAGCCCAUGGUCACCACCCAUCCUGCACAGUCUGCAUCGUUCCAUGCUAUGUCCCCGGCCAAUUCGAGCAACGUAGAGCAACACUUCUACCAGGCGCAACCUGGCCAACAGCCUUUCUUCCAACCAGACAUGAUGGGCAUCAACAUGCAGCAGCAACAACAGCAGCAGCAGCAGCAUACUGGUGUUGUACAGCCCAACAUGGAGCAGCAUCUCUCCUUCGGCAACUACACGCUGGAUCACGGGACGCCGCCUCGCUCGCAAAUCAUGGAUGGGUGGAACGGUGCUCAAGGCCAUGCGCAACCUGGCGGCGCCAUGCCCAUGGCUCAUGGCCACCAAGGCCAGCCUCAGGGCAGCUUGAAUGGCGAGCCGUGGUACAUGUCCUUUGACAUGCAACAAGGUGACGGCGUCCCCAAUCCCGUCCCGGGCCAUCCUGAGCAGUACAAUGCCAUAUUCGCCGUGAACAGCAUGGCGGCGCAGAAUCCGUUAGGCGGGUUGCGACAUGCUCCGUAG